AUGAGCGGAUAUUCCAUCAAUUACAAAGAAGGCCCAGUUAUAAAGGCUGCUAAUUGGAUGUAUGAGUUGGCAGAUGUGGUGGACCAAUGGACCAAAGAGUACGACUCAAGGACACGACUUAUGCACCCAUAUGCACCUUAUAUGGGAUGUGCCCACCUGGGACCUGAUCCAAAGACCCUUUAUUUCAAACUAGCCUGCGUCUACACUAGUGAUCGUCCCAGAACCGAUGUACCCCAGACGGGAAUGGCAUGCAACAAGAAAGAAGACUGCGGAUAUUUCGGACAUGAUUACGACUGCCUCGCCAAUCAAUCAAUCCUCCAAUCAAUUUUUGCUCCAACUCGCACUGCUAUUUAUAACUAG